UCUCCAUAUUUUAACCCUUUUGCGCGUAUGGAUAUGGAAACAAAAUCAUGAGCAGUCUUUGGUUGGUUCCUUCAAAAAUCAUGAAUUGCUGCCCUGUUCUCGCGGACGAUUCAAAUCCCCCGCACCGCCGCCGCCUCAGCGAGCGGAGCGAGCUCGCAGCCCUAGCCGCCCAUCUCCUCCCCAAUUGCUGCCCCCCCCCCCCCCCCCCCCUCGCCGCGCCGCGGAACCCUAAACUCCCACUGCCGCUGAAUUCCGGGCGAGCGCGGCGAUGGACUUCUACUCCGACGACUCGGACCCGGACAUCGACGAGGACCUGCGGGAGGACCUCGACGCGCUGCGCCGCUCCUGCAUCCUCUCCGGGGCCGACCCGGACGCCGCCGUCGCGCAGGUCUCCUCCGCCUGCCUCGCCGGGCCCUCCACCCCCGCCCUCGCCGCGGCGGGUGGCAAUGAUGGCCUCUCCUCGGACGACGACGAGGACCUGGCCCUAGUCCGCAGCAUCCGCGAGAACCUCCACCGCCUCAACAGGGCCUCGCCAGGCGACGCCGCGGGGGGUGGCGACGCCUCCUCCUCGCCGCGCCCGAUCUGCACGUGGCCGCCGUCAGACACGGACGAGGACGAGGACGACCUCGAGACGCUCCGCGCCAUCCAGCGCCGCUUCUCGCACUAUCACUCCAGUACCUCUACCACGUCACCAAAGACCAUGAAACCUGAGGCGUCACAGGGAGUGCACAGCGAACUUUUUGCGGACAGGAAUGAUGACGAGUUUGCUGCACACAAGCAGAAUACAAAGGCUCCUAAUCGAACUGGGUUCCCAAAAGCUGCGCUAUUAUUAGUGGAUGCUCUAAAGAAGAACAGAGCAUGCCAGAAGUUUAUUAGAAGAAAAUUGAUAAACAUUGAAGCGAAAAUUGAAGAAAAUAAGGAUCUUGGGGAUCGUGUAAAAUGUCUUUUGGGUUACCAGUUAAGCUGCCGAAGAUCAGCCAGCAGAACUUUAAGCCAGAAGGAGGAUCCUCGUGUCAGAUUGAUUUCUUCUCGGAAACCAACUCGGCUGUCUGAAAAGAAUAAUAACAGAAAGAUGCCGGCACUAUUUCUUGGGCCAGCUGAGAACCCCCAUGUUUCAAAGUAUAAAAUGGUGCUGGAGCAAUUCCCGAUGUCAUUUAAGAAGCAACCAUGGUCAGAUGUGGAGAAAGAUAAACUUGCCAGAGGAAUAAAGCAGCAAUAUCAAGAAACAUUGAUUUUGGACUCGCUGAAUAAUGGAAGUGCCAUUGGUGACUUCAGUGCUGUUGAUAUGGCAUAUGCACUGACGAAUGCUGCUGGUAAUUUUGAGGUGACUCCAGAAAGUCUUAGAUCGGUACUUCCACUAAUAAACUGGGAUAAAAUUUCUGCUAUGUACCUGCCUGGUCGAUCUGGUGCUGAAUGUGAAUCAAGGUGGCUAAACUGUGAUGAUCCAUUGAUUAACCGUGAAGCCUGGACUGCCCAGGAGGAAACAAAACUUCUACUAAUUGUUCAAGAAAAGGGAAUGUACAACUGGAUUAACAUAGCAGUUACAUUGGGCACUUACCGGACUCCUUUCCAAUGUCUUGUUCGUUAUCAACGAAGUCUUAAUCCCCACAUAAUGAACAAGGCUUGGACAAAAGAGGAGGAUCUUCAACUUCAAGCUGCUGUUGAGACCUUUGGUGAGAAGUGGCAACUUGUAUCAGCUAGCCUCGAUGGUCGCACUGGCAAUCAGUGCUCUAAUAGGUGGAGGAAAACCUUGCACCCUACAAGGACAAGAGUGGGAAGAUGGCAUAUGGAUGAGGACAAACGCCUCAUGGUUUCUGUUAAGCUAAUUGGAUCUGGCAGCUGGAGUAGGAUUGCUCCGUUUAUUCCUGGCCGCACACAAACGCAAUGCCAUGAGAGGUGGUGUAAUAUUCUUGAUCCAAAUAUAGAUCUUGGGAAAUGGCGGCCUGAGGAAGAUUCGAAGUUAUUGGCUGCAGUAUCUGAGUUUGGGCCUUGCUGGUCCAAGAUUGCUAUGAUGAUUCCUGGCCGUAAUGAUAAUAUGUGCUCUAGACGAUGGAAUAAACUUUGUAAACAUCAGCUGCCUGCAGUUAAAGCUGCCAUUCAACUAAAGAAAUCUGUUUUUCAAACCAAUUUUGUUGAUAGAGCAAAAGAGCGGCCUGCAAUUGCCCCCAGCGACCUAAUAGCACUUGUGCAAUCGAAAGAUGACGGAUCUGGAGAGAACACAAGAGAUAGAUCCAGAAAGCAAACCAAAGAAAACCUAGCUGUGUCCAACAUUGUCACCAGUUCAACUGCUCCUGAUUUUGUUGCUCCUGAUACUGUUUCAAACACAAUUUCAAGAAGACCAAGGAGGAAAUCAACAGGACAAAAAUCGAAAAAGCAAACUGAAGAGAAUGUUGCUGUGCCUGAUGGUCUCAACGGUUUAUCUAGUGGCUGUAGCAGAUCCAGAAAGAGGAAAUCUACUACUGGAAGCAAUGCAGCUGUACAAAAGAGAAUGAGGGGAUCUAUCUCUCUGGACAAUGAGGCUGUUCCGAUUGAAUUGAGGGGCACUGACAGCGCUAAUAAUGCGGUAGGAACAAAUAGAAUAAUGGACCCUGUGUCCGUUGGUGAAGAGGGAGUAGUCCAAAAGAGAACCAGCCCUUCGAAACCUGCUAGAGGUAACUCAGCUGAACAGAAGAUAAUGACGGGAUCUAUCCCUGUGGGUAUUGAGGCUGUUCCAAUUGAACUAAGAGGAACUGUCAGCACUAAUAAUGAAGUAGGAACAAAUACAAUGAUGGAUCCUGUGUCUAUUGGUGAUGGAGGAGUAGUCAAAAAGAGAACGACGCGUUCAAAACCUGCUGGCAGUGAGGGGGCUACCAGAAAGAGGAGGUGCUCUAUCAGCGCCGAUAAUGAGGCAGGAACGAAUAUGAUGAGGGACCCUGUCUCUGGUGAAGAGGGAGUAGUCAAAAAGAGAAUGAGGCGCUCAAAACCUGUUGGCAAUUACGGGGCUGCCAGAAAAACAAUGAGGGCCUCUGUCCCUGUUGGUGAUGAAGGCGUAGUCAAAAAGAGGACGGGUUCUGUCACCACUGAAAAUCAUGGCGGUGUGACGAAAAGGAAGAGAGCACCAUCAAGGAGGAAAUCAGCUGGAGAUAAUUUGACGGCAGAGGAUGUGGCGAAAGCUUCCCCUGAGUUGGGCCUUCCUAGUACACGUUCUGAAGAAAGAGUUGUUGAUGCUGGAAAUAUAGAUAAAGGGAGAAGAAAGUCAACCCCAAGACCCAAGCAGAUAGAUAUGUCUGAAGGGGAUGCUGAUAAACACUCUCCAUCCACACGACUUGCCAAUUGCCUGUCGUUUGCCCGUAUGAAAGGAACCGACAGGAACAGAAGAUAAUUGAAGUUGAUGUAUAAUAUUGACGAGAAUUGCUGCUGUGAAAAGACCUUAAUGUGACAUUUCGAAAGCAACGCUUGAAAGGGUUUAGUUUCUCAAUGAAGAUGAUUUCCCUGUGGGGAUUACAAUCAGUAUACGUGGAAUGCCCAAAGGAUGGUGCCCAUAAGCUGGAGUGUCAUCAGGCACACAUUGCCUUUUAUUUGUGCAGCUCUGUAGCAGAUUCCUUUGCGCAAGGAGUCUUGUUCGCAACAGAACCAGUGGUCCCUGGAUGUGAUCAGUCGAUGCCAAACUGGUACUCCGUACACAGGUAGUUGUAACCUGUAAGUGCUUGCAAAAAGUAUCACAUAAGAUUGGCUUGAACUUGACGUUUUUGAUAGAUGCGUGCUGUCCUAAAUAUAUGCGUGAUACGUUACUAGCGUAGUUGGGAAACUCAGAUCGUAUGACACUGUCAUUGGACUGUUGGGAGGCCCGGCAAGUCGUUUCCAGUUGGUACUCGACGCUUAGUGCGUUAGUUGCGGUUCAUUGAUUCGCUUGUGUAAUGAAUGAGCGUUUGGCGAUAGCCAAUAUUGUCCAAGACGUUCAUGAACAUAUGAAGCCGGUGCUUGUGUAUUGGUGUGUGCUGGCCGGAUGACCACUGCCUGAAAUUGUCGUCAA